AUGCCUUGUGGAGAACUAAUUCGAGAUGUUCCAGGAUUUCUCCGUACAAACGUAGCCAACUAUCUCUCUGAAAAUGAUUUCGAGUCAUUGGCAUCUAAAAUCACAUCUUACUACCAAGAAGUAAUCCAACAUACCACCAUUGAAGCUGCUCAACAUCUCUUAAUACCUCUCAUCGUGUAUUUUCAUGUUCAUGUUGAUCCCACUGAUCAUGGCUUAGCACCUAUGUUUUUUCAUCUUCAACUUCCUUACGACGAAUAUGCGAUGGAUAUUGAUUAUAUUCGUUAUUCAACAAGAACGGAUCAUUUUAUAGAGCAUCAAUUCGUUCAAGAAUCUUCUUAUCAUCAGCAACUUGCCACUUUUGCUGAAUAUAAUCAAAAUUUACACGUUAUUAGUGAUGAUGAUGAUGAUGAUGAUGAUGUGGAGUCACGGCAAGUCAAUGAAGCCAUAGAACAAUCCAUGCAACACUUGUUUAUGGUUCCGGCAACAGAAAAGGCUCUAACAUCACUGAAGAAGAUGAAGAUGUCUAGCAACGAAGCAAAGGCAAGCCAAUGUAGCAUUUGCUUGGAAAAUUUUGAUGAUGAUGGCGGCGGCGACGAUGGUGUUGAUGCUUCAGCAUUGCCUUGUGACCAUAUUUUUCACAAUAAUUGCAUUGUAAAAUGGCUAAAAACUGGUCAUACUUGCCCAUUAUGUCGCUUUCAAUUGCCUAUUGAGUAA